UUUUUCACCUGCGUCUUCUUAAUCACACUCUCUCUCUCUCUCUUGCCCCUUUACCUCUCUACUUUUCUGUGUGAUUAGAAACCCCGAUUCUCAUAAAACCCAUAACAAAGCCACAGAGCUUUCCGGAACCACAAACCCCCACUUGUUUUUCUUACCUCGCUUUCUUGGAGAUUCAAGAACAGGGUCUCAAGAUUUCACCGAGAAAUUGAAUUUCGCCGGAGAAUUCCUCAGCAUUUUACGCUAUGUGGGCCAGAGACCGGAGCUUUCAACCGGCCGGGUUCUUCACGCCGCCGCCGCCGAGGAAUUCAGGGCCGGCGAACCCUCCUCCGAUGGUGCCCAUGUCGGAGAGGAAGAGAGUCUCGCCGGCGGCAAGGUGUGAUCUUUUUCACAUUGCGCAUAAAGUUCCCGCCGGCGACUCGCCGUACGUCAGAGCCAAACAAGUUCAAUUGAUAGACAAGAACCCCAGCAAGGCCAUAUCCCUCUUUUGGGCUGCUAUAAACGCCGGAGAUCGAGUUGAUAGUGCAUUGAAAGACAUGGCGGUGGUCAUGAAACAACUGGAUCGAGCUGAAGAGGCGAUUGAAGCGAUUAAAUCCUUUCGCCAUCUCUGCCCCUAUGAGUCUCAGGAGUCUCUUAACAAUGUGCUGGUGGAAUUGUACAAGAGGGCAGGAAGGAUUGAAGAAGAGAUUGAAAUGCUUCAGUCCAAACUGAAACGUAUGGAUGAAGGUAUAGCCUUUAGUGGAAAGAGGACAAAGACUGCGAGAGCUCAGGGGAAGAAGGUUCAAAUUACUGUUGAACAGGAGAGAUCAAGAGUACUAGGAAACUUGGCAUGGGCUUACAUGCAGCAAGGCAAUUACACAACUGCCGAAGAACAUUACAAGAAUGCUCUGGCACUGGAGCCAGAUAAGAACAAGCAGUGCAACUUAGCAGUCUGCUUGAUGCACAUGAACAGAAUUAUAGAAGCAAGGCAUCUGCUUCAAGCUGUAAGAGAUUCAUCUGGAAAUAAACCAAUGGAUGAAUCUUAUGCUAAGUCCUUCGAACGUGCUUUUGAAAUGCUGACUGAACUGGAGCAGCAAUCAGUUUUAAGACCAAUUCAACAGAACGAGAACUACUGCACUGGAAUUUCAAGAACACCCAAAGAUUUUGUUUCUGGCUAUAUGCCUAUGCCUCCCAGAAGGUGGACAGAUGGACCUGAAGGUGUGACAGUGAUAGCGAAUGAACAGCAUAGGGAGUCAUUCAGACCUGGAAGUUGUGCAAAGUCUUUUGAUAAAUGGAAGAAAGAUUAUGAUCUCAAAAACACAGGUGAUAGCAGGCCUAGUUUUUCGAGCAAAAUGAAGGAAAAUCAGGAUGGUUUGAUAGGAACAGAAGUAAAUCCACAUGAAAAAACAUAUGCUUCUCCAGUUCUAUAUACACAACCAAGAAGACCUCCAUGGGGAUUUAAUGACGGACAUCAGAGAAGUGAGAUAUGGGGCCAUGGUGUUGGCAGUUCAAAUAAAAAGCUUCCAUCUGAAAGAUCAACAGGAAAUGUUCGAGCACAUGUUGUUCGAAAUCUGAAUGUAGACUUGCUUGCUUCAACUACUGGAAAGUCAGAGUCUACUCUCUCUUCACCAAGUCUCAGAGAUUGGAGGAUGCCCCAAGGAGGUGCAGUGGCAAGACCUGUUUUACAACCUAUAUCAAGUAUGACUUCUAGGGGGAAUGAAGGCCAUCUCCCAGUGAGAAAUGAAGCCAUGAUCGACCAUUCUUCAGAGCAUACAGUAAAUGGUGAUAGAAGAAGGGUUACUUGGGAUAAAGAUGGUAUGAAGAAAUUUUCUGCAGAACCACAAAUGGUUGAUGAAAAUGCAAAAGCACUGGAAAUUUCUAUUGAUGGAGGUGAGAAUCAGAGUACUGACACAACUGUUUUAAGGAGCAUGGAAAACAUGAAUGCUUCUGUGGAAGAAGAUUGCUUGGGAGACAACAGUUCUGGUACAUUAGAUAAUGUCUGUCAGUCCCCAGCAGAUAAUGAAGAGCCAACCCCUGAUUUUUGGAAGUACAGUGGUAAGAAAAGCUGGGCAGAUAUGGUUGAAGAAGAAGAAGAAGAGAUGCGAAGUGGAAGAACUGGGUAUUUUGAUAGUUGGAAUACUGGAGAUGAGUUUGAUGAUGAAAACAGGAAUCCCAACACAAUGACUCCUCAAAGUCCUCAGUUUCAAACUCAAAUGAAGGAUUUGAGCAAAAAGGCUGAAUCAAUUGAUCUAAAAGGUGUGACAUCUGGAAAUGCUAGUUCAGCAAGGAAUCCUACCACGCGCCGUUCUUUGGUUUUUGAUCAGCAGCAGGAGUUGGAAUCAGUAGAUUACAUCAGUUCAUCUCCUGUUGCAAAGGAGGCUUUGAAUGGAAAUGGCUCUAUUUACGGAAAGAAUUUGAAACUGAAGACGCGAAACAGGCUGCAGAGUUUCCAGGAUAUAACCAACUGAUUAUCCAGAUACAUGGUACUUGGGGGAUAUCUCAUCUCUCUCUACAUUGAUUCUAUUCUGUAAUUUUUCCCCAUCUCAUAUAUCAGUGUUGCUUCAACCUUUUUGUAUAUCUGUCAUAUAUGCACCUUGCAUAUUGCUAAGUGUACAACUCAUUCUUUGCUUAUUGGAAGGAAUC